AUGGAGGUCGGGACGGAUCUACUGCCUGGUGCCGUGUCCCUGCCCGGUCCCGCCUCUCCCGGUGACACACUCACAGCACCCUCUGUUUUGGAUUCAGCCAGCCCAGGUGCCCUGGGAGGAGUGGACGCAGCUCCCAGUGCUGUGCAGCCUGCCCUGGGUGCUGGUCCUGGCGCCCAUCCUCCUGCAGGAGGAGGUGGGGGCGAAGGGGCUGGGGCUGGCAAUGGGGAGUCCCUGGGGGUGUCCCAGGACCUGGAUGGAGCAGCUGGAGCCUCUGGUGGAGGAACGGGAGCCGUGCUGCACUCUGCAUCUCCCUCUCCAUCUCCCGAGGGAUCUUCUUCAGCCCGGACAAGCGGUGGAGCUGCUGAGGGAGCAGGAGGUCCUGGAGCUGGUGGAGCUGGUGUAGGACUGAGCCCAGGCCUGGAGGCUGCUGGCCCCCAAGGCGAUGAGGAGACCCCUGUGCCUGCCCCCGGCAUCCAGAGCGGCGCCGACCUCGGGCUCUCUGAUGCGAACCUGAGCCAAACCAACGUGGUGCAGCUGGCUGGAGGAGAAACGGGAGCCUCGGCCCCUUGGGCACCUUCCCCUGGUGCCGGCACAGCAGACGGGGCAGGGGCCAUCAUCCAGAUCACAUCAGGGGUGCUGGCCCCCUCCGUCCUGUCCUCUCCCUGGGAGGUGCAGCCCCUGGUCCCGGUGGCCCCGGAUGCCUCCAGCCCCUUGCUGGCUGCCUCUGCUGGGGGCAUGGGGGGGAGCUCAGCACCAGCACCCAACGGGGGCCCCCCCUCUGCCUCCGGCACCCCAAGUGGGAGCAGCCCCUUGGCACUGGGCUCCCCACUGACUGCAGCGGUGGCAGGUGCUGGGAGCACUCUGCCAGGGUCCCCCGAAUAUGAAAUGGCCUCAGGGAUGCCAGCACCUUUGGGAGAAGAGUCCCCACAUGCCCCCGCGCCCCCCAACACUGCCCCUGCUCUGCCUCCAGCCUCAGAGAGAGAGGAUGCAGCAGAGGGGGUGGCUGCUCGCCCCCCACCAGUUUCCUCUCCGGUUUCUGGAACUCCACCACGAUCAGCAGCAGCUGCCCCAGUCCCUCCGCCCGGCCCCACAGUCGCAGCUGUGUCCCUCUAUGGAUACGGACCAAGGGAAAAUGACCGCGAGUACGUGGAAAGGAGAGUGGACUUCAACUCUCCCCUUUUCAAGCCCGAGACUGGGUUCCCGUUUGGGAAAACCCUCCGUGACUCUCUCUACUUUACAGACAAUGGCCAGAUCAUCUUCCCAGCCUCCGACAGCAGCAUCCCCACAUCCCCCAACCCGCCUCCCGGGGGGUUCAACGGCCACGAGGAGGUGCCCAUGAUCGCCGUGUUUUGGGACAACGCCGACUUCUCCAGGGGCACCGGCACCACCUUUUAUCAGGAGUUCCUCACCCUGAAUUCGGAGAAGCCGCCCUUCAUCCGUGACGUGGAGGCGAAGGUCCGGCGGUACCUGAGGUCCUCCUACUCUGCAGCCUGGACCCUGAAGGUCACCUGGGACAAGGCGCCUGCCUACGGCGCGCGGGGCGACAGCCGGAGGACUAACACGUACCAGGCGGUCCUCACCACCGACGGCUUCAGGUCCUACGUCCUGCUCCUGUACCAGGACGGGGGCAUGCGGUGGGAUUACAGCCAGCUGCCGGCUGCGAACGCGCUCAUCGGCUACACCAGCGGGGAUGGCUCUUACCACAACGAUGACCUGACUCAAGGACCCCCGGCUGCCAAAUAUCGCCCUGACCAGUUCAGGGGAUACAACACAGAUCUCCGUGGGCUGUGGCUGUACAAGCUGGAGAGCCGCGUGGGCAUCAACUACCGCCUGAAGUGCCUGGCGUGGACGGGGCGGCAGCAGGAGCCGCGGACGUGGAGCCAGGACCUGCCCGCCUGCCCCUGCUCCCUGCAGCAAGGGCAGCAGGACCCGCGCUUCAAGAGCAGCCGGGGAGGCUGGUGGUCUGCCCGUGUGUCCAUGCUGCACUCUGCCUCUCCCAACCGGUACGGUGCCGGCGUGCGCUGCCUGUACGACAGCCGGGGGCAGCUCGUGGAGGGGCGGCAGGAGAGGUACUGGAGGUCCUCCAGACAGGCGUCCCCAUACCGUGACCAGGAGCUGAAGCUGUACGACUGGUGCUGCAACCAGGCGGCAAGCGCCCGCCUCUGCGCCCGCUACGGCGAGAAGAGGCCGAGGAUCGGCUGUGACGGAUACCAGGCACUUGGCAUGGCAGAUUCCUCAGAAGACAACGACUCAGAGGAGCAGAGAGAUGAGGAGGAUGAGUAACUCAGGGGAUGCACAUCCACAAUGCGGUCUGGACCACGGCUGAUCCUCUGAGUCCUUUGCUCCCCACCACACCCAGCAAACCUGAGUGUCCCCCUGCGUGUCCCCGCUCCCCCCGGCAGUGGUCACCCCGUGCCAGUGGUCGCCUUCACCGUAGAAGUUCUCGUUUCCCCCCAGGCUGCCACCUCAUCGCUGGUGGCAGGGGGACAGGCAGUGCCACCGUGUCCCUUGUCCCUGCUCCCCUGCCUGGGGCUGGCCGGGCGAGGUCUGGCGCUACCUCCUGUGCUGGCGGGGGGGUUCGGGUCACCUUGCAUGGGGCCACCCCCAUGAUCAGAAAUGUUGGGAGAAAAAUAGUAAUUUGUGAGUGUGAGAGAACAUCUGCACUUCUUCUGAAACCACAAGUAGUCCUUGUUAAAUCUAGUCUCUUCAAUAAAGUGCCGGAGGGUCUGA